AAAAACGUCCUAAAAUUGGAAGUGGUAUUAUUCUUCGAACAUUUAUAAAAGACAAAAGUGCAGCUGUCCGGUUGCAUUGACGAAAACUCCUAAAGUAUUAAGCACCCACAUUCUGCAGCUAUCCACGCCGCACACAACACAUCACUCCAGCGCGAUUCACUAGCUCCGCCGGCUCCAUUUGCCUCCAUUAGCUACCCUUAAUUACCAAAUCCAGCAACCAACUAGCCAUGUCAUCCCGCAAGACCGCCGGACGUCGUGCCACCACCAAGAAGCGCGCCCAACGCGCCACCUCCAAUGUCUUCGCCAUGUUCGAUCAGGCCCAGAUUGCCGAGUUCAAGGAGGCCUUCAACAUGAUCGACCAGAAUCGCGAUGGCUUCGUGGAGAAGGAGGAUCUGCACGACAUGCUGGCCUCGCUGGGCAAGAACCCCACGGACGACUACCUCGACGGGAUGAUGAACGAGGCGCCCGGACCCAUCAACUUCACCAUGUUCCUCACGCUCUUCGGCGAGCGGCUGCAGGGCACCGAUCCCGAGGACGUGAUCAAGAACGCCUUCGGCUGCUUCGACGAGGAGAACAUGGGCGUCCUGCCCGAGGAUCGCCUGAGGGAGCUGCUGACCACCAUGGGCGAUCGGUUCACAGACGAGGAUGUGGACGAGAUGUACCGGGAGGCGCCCAUCAAGAACGGCCUGUUCGACUAUCUGGAGUUCACGCGCAUCCUCAAGCACGGUGCCAAGGACAAGGAUGAGCAGUAAGACGAUCGCCAGGAAUCGACGAUCGCCCAGCCAGCUGCCUCCAAUCAGCCUGUCCAAACUAUAUCCAUCAUGAGUUUCGUUUUUUGAUAAUUUAAUAUAUAUAUAUUUUUUUUGCUCUCGCGCCCUCUGUUUCUUUGAUUCCUGAUAUAUUCCUCAUAUAUUCCUAUUCCUGUACUUACCUGUGCAUUUAAAUUAAACAAAAAGUAGCCAACACAAGCGAAUGUUAUGUACGAUAUUGUAGUGUGUGGAGUUGGAGCCGAAUAACACAAUUUCCCCCCAGAAAAAAAAACCCCAACCCCUUUCAUAAGUAUUAACUCAUUGAAUAUACAUAUAUAUUACCUAUAUACAAAUACAUACUUAUACAAGAAUGUGGCAAUAAAA